GCGCUCGGGCCCCGCGGCGCGCGCAGAGGGGCCGCCGGUUGGCCAGCGCGCGCCGGGACUGGUCCCGAGGCCCCGGAGGAGGGACGGCACUUUCCCCUCCCCGCCGCCCGCAGUCCCUCGCCUCGCGUCGGACCCCGACCCCGGGGCGGAGAAUCGGCAUGGAAGCCGAAGACCUCCAGGAAGACCUGACCUGCUCCAUCUGCCUGGACUAUUUCGAGGACCCGGUGUCCAUCGAGUGCGGCCAUAACUUCUGCCGCGGCUGCCUGCACCGCAGCUGGGCGCCGGGCGGCGGCGCGUUCCCCUGCCCCGAGUGCCGGCAGCCGUCGGCGCCCGCGGCGCUGCGGCCCAACUGGGCCUUGGCCCGGCUGACGGAGAAGACGCGGCGCCGGCGUCAGGGCCCCGUGCCCCCCGGCCUGUGCGGCCGCCACUGGGAAGCGCUGCGGCUCUUCUGCGAGGACGACCAGCGGCCCGUGUGCUUGGUGUGCAGGGAGUCGCAGGAGCACCAGACGCACACCAUGGCGCCCAUCGACGAGGCCUUCGCCAGCUACCGGGAGAAACUUCUUGAGACUCAGUGUAGUCUGACGGCCAAGAUGAAGAAAGCCAUGCAUUUGCAGGACAUGGAAGUGAAAAAUGCUACUGAGUGGAAGGAGAAGAUGAAGAACCAGCGAAUGAGAUUCGGUGCAGAGUUUGCAAAGCUGCACCACUUCCUGGCCGAAGAAGAGCAACUGUUUCUUCAGAGACUGAGCAAAGAAGAAGAAGAGACGAAGAAGAAACAGAAUGAGAACACGUUAAAGCUCCAUCAGACGAUCACUUCCUUGAAGCAGCUCAUCUUAGAGGUCGGGAGGAAGAGCCAGAGCCCCACCCUGGAGUUGCUGCAGAAUCCAAAAGAUGUGUUGACCAGGAGUGAGAACCAGGAUGUGAACUAUUCCCCUGAAGUUCUAACAGUGAAGACUGUGUGCAAGAUACCCAUGAUGAAGGAAAUGCUGAAGCGAUUCCAAGUGGCUGUAAAUCUAGCUGAAGACACGGCCCAUCCCAAACUUGUCUUCUCCCAGGAAGGGAGAUAUGUAAAAAAUGGAGCAUCAGCCAGUUCUUGGCCAUUGUUUUCCUCAGCGUGGGGCUAUGUUAGUGGAUGGAGGACCCCUCCGAAGACCACACAGUCUGUGGAAAGAUUUCAGCACUUACCCUGUGUUUUGGGAAAAAACGUUUUCACUUCAGGGAAACAUUACUGGGAAGUUGAGAGCCGAGAUAGCCUGGAGAUUGCCGUGGGGGUAUGUCGGGAGGACAUCAUGGGGAUUGUUGAUAGUUCAAAAAUGUCCCCCCAUGUGGGAAUCUGGGCUAUUUGUUGGAGUUCUGCCGGCUACCGGCCCCUAAUAAGCUUUUCUGUAAGCCCUACCAAGCAAGAGCCUGCUCUUCACCGGGUGGGAGUUUUCCUAGAUCACGAGGCUGGGGACAUCUCCUUCUACAGUGCUGUGGAUGGAGCUCAUCUACACACUUUCUCUUGUCCUCACAUCUCCUGCCUCCGGCCAUUUUUUUGGUUGAGUCCGUUAGCAUCUUUAGUCAUCCCAGCAGUGACUGGUGGGAAAUGAGUCUUCCCCUGCCCAGGAAUCUUUGCCUGUACCCUAGCCUGGGGACAUGCAUCCCUUGGCCCUCUUCUUUCACUCUGUACAUACUGGUCCAGGUAGCGCAUCAGUACUGUCCAUUCAGAUUCUAAUUUGAUGUCUUGUUCAGCUCCCUGUGUGUGCUGUGCACCGAAAGUAUGGUGGAGCCUGUUGGUGGCCUUUCCAGCACCCACUUGCCCCAUGUCCCUCCUCCUCUUCUGGUUCUUCCUCAUUGAGCUGUUUGGUGUGCACCCUCCCUGUGCUUCAGGAGAGACAGCUCUCCCCAAUGCGAGGCAAUUCUGGCCAAUGAGCUGGGAUGAGAAAUGUUCCAAGAUGCUUCUGGGGAAAGAUCAUGUAGCUUUAAAAAAGAGGUGUUUAAGGAGACACAGCCCCUCUUCUGACGUUAGUAGCUGUCUUGGAACUGAGGAGAGCACAGUGACAGUGGAAAGGAAGAGGGAACGUGGGCUUUGCUAGCAUUGUUGAACUGUUGGAAUUUCCUUAAUCCCCAAUUUCUUGUCAGAGGAGGUUACUGCUCCCUCAGUGUACAAGGCAAUUCAGGUUGCAUUUUUGUAUAGGAUGGUCUCUUUUCCUGAAACUUGACAGAUUUGUAGACUGUUUCUGCUCAGUCACAUAAUUCCUCUACUCUCCAGUAAGUACUGAUACCUCCCGAUCAGAAAGUUGAGGGAAUCUUCCCUUACUGUGCCCAGGCUAUGACUCUUUUUCACCCGACCAUGCCUACGCCCUCAAGUGUUGAUUAUGUUUCCAUCUGUCAAAUUCUUACUGUUGUGUAUGCAAGGUACUCACGUCACAUCUAAAACAUUGGGAGGCACUUGCCAAGUAUUCACACUGCACUUCUGGCCUCUUCAUUAAUGCUCUUGUACGACUCCUGCAGAAGCUUGGUGUGAGAUGGAAAUUAAAAUCCUCUUUUUACAAGUAAGAAAACAGACCUUUGGGGUAACUGACUCGGUAUUGUUUGGCUGGCAAAUGGGAAUGCUGGGAUUAAAUCCAGAUCAGUCUGAGGUAAAAGCCUGUGCCCUUUUCUGGUCUUUGUAAGCUUCUGGUUUUUGUAAUGCUCUUUGUGAGCAUUUAUUGAAUGCACAUUGCAUGUCAGCAACAUCUUCGUGUUGGGUUUUUAUUUUGUUACACAUUUUUAUCCAUUUGUAUGUGUUUUCUCUCAUUUUAUCUUUGUUUUCUAGAGUAUAAGCUCUCAGGAUUGUGACAGGAACUGGGUAGUUAUUUUAAAAAUAAUGAUUGUUUCUCUCUGUAAAAGUUGUCCACUUAUGGUAGAAAAUUCGGAACAUACAAAAAGUAUAAAAAGCUGAAAGUUAUUGGUAAUUUCACCACUUCUAACAUUUUAAUGUGUUUCCUCCCAGAUUUCUGUAGACUUUCUGGCAGUGAUUUAAUAGCACCCUCCCUAACCCCUCCUCCCCUCCUAUGUCUCUGCCCAUCCUGGCUUGUCUUUCUCUUCAGCCUGAGCAACCCCCUCAUUCAGUGAUUUCUGCUGAAUUCUCCUUAACUUUCUAAAGUACUUGCUGUUAGGAGUUGCGUUGGGUCCUCUAAAAAGAUAGGUUGAAGUCCUACCUGUGAAUAUGACCUUAUUUGGAAAUUAAGAUGCGGUCAUUAGGGUGGGCCCUAAGCCAAUGUAACUGGCACCCUAAUAAUAAUAGUAAUAAUAAUCUGCGGUGCACACGGAGGUGCCGUGUGAAGACACAGGGAAAAUGACUGUGGGAGAGAUUGGUGUCAUGCUGCCACAAUCCAGGCAGCUAGAACCUGGAAAAGGCAAGGAAGAACCCUUCCCUAGAAGCUUCCGGAGGAACGUGCUCCUGCCAACACCUUGAUUUGGGACUUCUCGCCUCCAGAACUGUGAGAUGAUUAACUUUUGUUAUUUUAAGCCGCUGGUUUGUGGCUUGUCACAGAGCCCUAGGAAGCAAAUACACUUGCCCAUCAGGACUUCCCCCAGUGUCUGCCUUGUUUGUUUCCAGCCCUUGGAAACUCAUUAC